CGAGCAAAACCGAAUCCACCCACGAGUUAUCUCAUCUCACAGCUCUUUCUUCCACUCAUUCUUCUAGGGUUAGCUAAUCUAUCUUCAAUUUCUUUAUUUUUAUUUUUUUAAACAAAAAUGGAGUCUAAUUCGUUGAUCAAUUACCCUUCUCGAUCAGAUUUGUGUUUGGAAGAAGAUGCCAAAGCAGAGUUUAUCUGUCCCUUCUGUGCAGAUGAGUUCGAUAUGGUUGGCCUUUGUUGCCACAUUGAUGAAGACCAUCCUGUUGAGGCCAAGAACGGGGUUUGUCCUGUCUGCUCAAAGAAGGUGGGCUUGGACAUCGUUGGCCACAUAACAACACAACACGCCAACGUUUUCAAGAUAUCCUUUUUUGUGUUUUGUUUUGUUCUUCUUCUUUUUCGUACCAUCACUGCUAGAGUCUUUUGGUUGGUACUCCUUGAUGUGUUGAGAGUUAACGUGCAACAGCGAAGGAGAAGGUUGCGUAGAGGUGGUGGAUACAGCUCAAACUAUCUUACACUUAGAAAAGAGCUUAGGGAAGGAAACAUACAGUCUCAUGGAGUUGGAGGAUCUUCCACUUUCAUUCCCUCAUCCAAUAUAGAUUCUUCUGAUCCUUUGCUCUCAUCUUUUAUGUUUCGUCCUCCUCCUCCUCCUCCGGCUAAUAAACUUGUCACAGAAGGAGACUCUGUCUCGCCUAAGGACACCCCUCAAAGGUUAUCACUUUCAAAUGAAGAAGAUCAAGACAAGGCAAGAAAGAGUGAGUUUGUGCGGGACUUGGUGUGGUCAACCUGCAUGCUUGAAGACAAGCUCUAAUCUCUCUCACUGGUAAUGGUGAAACAAGAGACUGGUCUUUAUGUGUGUUAGCAAAGCCUCUUAGCUAAUGAGUGUAUGUAUGUUGUAAUCGAAUGUAGUUGAGGAACCUUAA